AUGCUGAAUACAGGCAAUAUCAGAUACAUUGUCAAUGAAAAGGAAAAACCACGCUUCGACAUUAAGCAAGCCGUCAAGGAUUGGUGGAUUCAGCUUGAUAACAAAAACUUCGGCGCGAGCAGAACAUCCAGAAUCGUUUCCUGCUCCCUCGAAUUUGCAUUGGCCAUUGGACUUAUUGUAUUUCUCGAGAAAGAUAAUAAAUACCUCGAAUUGCUUCCAAAGCCAACUGACAAAUAA